AUGCCUUUGUGUGACCCUGCCGAGUUGACGAGGAUUUCCAUGCGAAUCGCCGACGAUGGUAAAAUGACGUUCGUCGAUGCUCGUGUCUCACAACUACUCGGCCUCACCCCUGAUCAACUAGUCGGACGAUUUUGGUGGCAAGUGGUGCAUCCAUCCGACGAGCAAUCCCUGCACGAAUCGUUUAUUGCGAUGAUGACGCGUGAUCAACCAAUGCGGCUAAACUGCCGCAUUCGAUCGGCAAGUGAGCUACCGACCUGUACGUUCUCGCGUACAAGUUCCUGA